UUCAGCGCGAGGACAGAGAAGCUAGUUUGGGAUCAACAGCCCCGAAGGACCUGCGCGGCUCUCGACGUCUCUGUCGGACUGCACGGGGUGAACUCGGUUCUGUUUCCCUCUUUAAACACGCGUCUACCCUGCUCCUUCAUGUUUCACUCCUCCGCCACCUGGACAGUGCGCUUUAUUCUCCCCGGGCCCGGCUGCUGAAGAAGAAGAAAAAGAAGAAUUACCAACAAGAAAACAACAACAAGAAGACGAAAAGUUCCAACAGAAGACACCCAGCUCCUAAACUGGAUAAAAUUAUCCUCGGCAUUAUUUUUGCUAUCUGAAAAGUGACGCUAUGAACUCCCUCCUCAAGAGUUUGCUCUGGAUGCUUUUCAUGUUUCCAGGUCUGAGAUGUGACGCUGAUCUAGCUCUGUCAGUGGAUACAGAUGGAGCUGAAGCUCAGAGUGGAGCUGCACCCACAGGUGAAGCUCCUCAGGGUUAUUUCCUGGAGUUUGUGGAGCCAGUCAACAACAUCACCCACUUCCAGGGCCAGACAGCCACGCUACACUGCAAAGUGACAGGAAACCCACGACCGACCAUCCGCUGGCUGAAAAACGAUGCCCCUGUGGUCCAGGAGCAGGGACGCAUAACCAUCCGAAAGACAGACGCAGGAUCCAAGCUCCGCAUCCAGGACCUAGACACGACAGACACCGGCUAUUAUCAGUGUGUUGCCUCCAACUCACACAAGGUCAUCUCUGCCACAGGCGUCCUGUACGUCAAACUAGGACAGAUGCCCACACAUGGCCCAGAUGAACCGUCACAUGAAAAAGGUUUCUGCCAGCCAUACCGAGGCAUUGCCUGUGCUCGCUUCAUUGGCAACCAAAGCAUUUAUGUCGAGUCUCUGCAGAUGCAAGGGGAGAGUGAAAAUCGCAUCACAGCUGCCUUCACUAUGAUUGGCACCUCCACCCACCUGUCAGAUCAGUGCUCCAAUUUUGCCAUCCCGUCCUUCUGCUACUACGUCUUCCCCUUAUGUGACGAGGGCACUCGGGCCCCUCGGCGGCGUCAGCUCUGUCGAGAUGAGUGUGAGGCCCUGGAGAACGACCUGUGCCACACAGAGUACACCAUUGCCCGAUCCAAUCCCAUGAUCCUCAUGCAGCUGGAACUCCCCACCUGCCAUCUACUGCCACGGCCAGGCACGCCUGAUGCUGCAUCCUGUAUGAGGAUUGGAGUGCCACCAGAAAAACUGGGUCCAUAUUCCCCCACAGACCACAGCUGCUACAAUGGAAGCGGGGCUGACUACAGGGGCACAGUCAGCAUCACUAAAUCUGGUCAUCACUGCCAGCCGUGGAGUGCUCAGUACCCUCACAGUCACCACCUGUCCCAGGAAUACCCCGAACUCUGGGGAAGUCACAACUUCUGUCGUAACCCAGGGGGCCAGAUGCAGGCGCCCUGGUGUUUCACCCUGGACCCUCAGGUCAGGGUGGACCUGUGUGACAUCCAGCCCUGCAAGCCUCCAGAGAAUCCCAGGAAGGAGAUCCUGUUCAUCUUAAUCCCUGCGAUUGCAAUCCCAUUGGUCAUCGCUUGCCUCUUCUUCCUGGUUUGCAUGUGUCGCAAUAAACAAAAGGCAUCAACUGACACACCACUUCGCUGCCAGCUUAACAGCUCACCUAACCAGGACAUGGAGCUGUCUCUCCUCAAUCAACAAAAACAUCAGGCCAAGCUGCGGGAGAUUAACAUGUCAGCAGUACGGUUUAUGGAGGAGCUUGGCGAAGAUCGGUUCGGUAAGGUUUACAAGGGCCACAUGUAUGGCACCGCACCUGGUGAGCAGAUCCAGGUGGUGGCCAUCAAGACAUUAAAGGACAAAGUUGAUGCCACUCUGUGUGAGGAAUUUUGCCACGAAGCCAUGCUCCGCUCUCACAUACAGCACCAAAAUGUUGUUUGUUUGCUGGGUGUGGUGACCAAAGAGCAGCCAAUGAGCAUGAUAUUUACCUACUCUGGCCUUGGUGACCUACAUGAGUAUCUGGUGAUGCGCUCCCCCAACUCAGAUGUUGGCAGCUCAGAUGAUGAAAAGACAGUCAAAUCCACACUAGAGCAGGCUGAUUUCCUUCAUAUUAUCACCCAGAUUGCUGCCGGAAUGGAAUACCUUUCCAGCCAGCAAGUCGUCCAUAAAGACCUUGCUGCUCGAAACAUUCUAGUCUUUGACAAACUCAGCAUCAAGAUCCUGGAUCUGGGCCUGUUCAGAGACGUCUACUCUGCUGAUUACUACAAUCUCAUGGGCACAAGUCCUUUCCCCAUUCGUUGGAUGUCCCCAGAAGCUAUCAUGUAUGGCAAGUUCUCCACCGACUCCAACAUCUGGUCUUAUGGUGUCUUGCUGUGGGAGACUUUCAGUUACGGUCUGCAGCCAUAUUGUGGCUACUCAAACCAGGAUGUGAUUGAGAUGGUGCGCAGCCACCAGCUCCUGCCUUGUCCAGAUGACUGCCCAGCCUGGAUAUACACCCUCAUGCUGGAGUGUUGGAGUGAAUUCCAAGCAAGAAGGCCUCGCUUCAAGGACAUCCACAUGCGGCUGCGCUCCUGGGAAAGCCUGUCUAACUACAACAGCUCUGCUCAGACUUCUGGCACCAGCAACACUACCCAGACCAGCUCCCUCAGCACCAGCCCUGUGAGCAACAUCAGCAUGAGCACAGCGAAUGCAUCCCGCUACACUAGCCCUAAAAAGGGUUCACCAUUCCACCAGCCCCAGUUCAUGCCCAUGAAGGGUCAAAUGCAUCGGCCAAUGGUGCCACCACAGCUCUACAUCCCUGUCAAUGGAUAUCACCCCAUGCCAGCUUACCCAUACCUGCAGAACUUUUACCCCAUGCAAAUAACCAUGCCCAUUCCCCACCAGCAGAUGCACCACCCACCACAGAUAGUUACCAAAGCUGGUUCCCACCAUAGUGGUAGUGGAUCCACAUCUACAGGCUAUGUCACCACUGCCCCUUCCAACACUUCUGUCACAGAGCAAGCAGCUUUGCUAAAUGAGGACUCCAAGACCAAUGAUGAGGACUUGGCUGACAGGGAGUCCCAGGAAGAGCCAGACCAAAACAAGGACUUGUUAGUGCCUGAAACCGAAUUGCUAGGUGACAAUGACCCUCCACAGACUGACGAACUGGUGUUUCACCUGUCAGACACAUAAAUGUGGUGCUCUUUGAAGAAUAAUAGAGCUGAGGUAUGCUAUGAGCUGUGCUUGCCAAAAAUUCAAUAAGCAGCAUAAAGUGAAGUGAGCAAUUUUGACUAACAGUGACUGAAUGAACUUUCUUAGAUAGUACUGACACAUUUGAAUGUCAAGUGUGUUUUAUGUUUGCACCUCUCAAACUCCUGUGUCAGUGACUAAGCAAAAUUAAUCACACAAUCCUCUAUAGAACUUGUUUUUAUAAUGUUGCCAUUCAGAGGAAUUUAUUCUCUUGCUGUUGUUGUGCAACACAAAUUUCCCUUUCCACAAGUACGUUAGAGGUUGCCUUGCCUUAAUGAAAGUUUUGCCUUUUUUGAUGCACAUUGUACCACUUCUUUUUGCUUGCCAGCAAAGGCCAUUCAUUGGGAGGCUGUAAGGGUGGGAUUCACACCCCCAGUGCCCACCCCUCAACUUCAGAUACCACAUCCUUCUAUACAGUCACACCGACCCAAAAGGGAAUGCUAGUUCAGCAAAAAGUGAGAUGAUUCCUCACCAUCUUUUCACCCGCUUGCAAUGCCAGUUGUGUUUACUGGAAGACACAACAGGCUGUUCUCACAAACUGUUCACGAACUUCAAGUCAUUUCAAGGUACAUCCUCACCAAGUUUCUUUUCCUAAACCCAACCACAGUAACUUUACCUGUCUAAACCCGAUCUCUCUGAACUUUUGUCUGUGCAUUUUUAUUGGAUAUCAUACAAACCCUUCUAUUGAGGAUACGUUGGACACAACCAAGGCAGAGGUAUUGCUACAGGAACUCAGACCUGAACCCAGGUUUCUGUACUAGUUGUGUUUUGCUUGGGCGCAACUUGUACACCCCUUAAUGACAAUUUAAUGUUGUUUUUGGGGUUAUUAUUCUAUGGUUUGUUAAAGCCACAAUCAUAAAAGAAUAGAAUGUAUAAAGUUUUGAAAGAAACAGUCUAUGGGUAACUUUGUUUACAUGUACUUACUGAAAUGUAUUCCCGGAAUGUACCUACAUCAAACAAAUCAAAGAAUAAGACCCAAGACUCUUUUCUUUUUCAGGCCUGUGACAAAGUUCACAUAUGACUUAUUACCCACAAGGUUGAUACUUUUAACAUCAUCUUUGAUAACCACAUUGUACAGAUUUUUAAUUUGUGUACUUUGGUUUGAACAUUUCAUUUGUUUAUAGUUUUUCUUUAUUGGAGAAGAUUCCUAAGCCCAGUGUUAGUACAAUGUCUUUUCCACCACGUUUGUUUUGUUUAGGUAGUGUUUUGCUUACCAUAUAAUAUGUACAUCCAGCUAUGGAUUAUCCAAUAAAGUCAUAUGAAAAAAUUGUGUAUUUUUUCUCAGUAAGAGGAGAAAGUCAUGUCCUAUCACUUAAUUAUAUUUUGUCAUAAUCUGUCAUUAGAUGUGCCCAGAGUCUAAUAUAUGAUACACUGUACAGUCACGUCAGGCCACAGGUUACAUUAGGCCAAAAAUAUACAUUGUAGUGAUGAAAUACAUGUAUUACUGAUACUAAUAAAUUAAU